AACUACCGCAUGUGUUAUUAUUAAAUUGUUUUUGGAGGGAGCAUGUCUUAUUUUAUAUUUGUGCUUAAACGUAUUUGCAAUUAUCCCGCUCCCUCCCCGGUCUCCCCUUAUUGGAAUGGAUUUAUUUUAGCUCUCCGGCACACGCAGUUGUUGAGAAGAAAAAGAUAUUGCACCUUCUAAAAACGCUGUGUAAUUUCCUCUCCACUUCGGGUCGUGACCUUUUUCUUUUUCUUUAUUGAUAACUCUUCUUGUGACCUUUCUUCUAAGUUAAGAUUCGGUAUCAUAAUGGUGGCAUGGUUUGGAGAUAUCUGAUGUAUUUUAUUGUAUGGAGAGAUGGUUGCAUGGCCCAGAUUGUUAGGUUACCACAGAGUGUUAGGUUACAUCUAUGUCUAAACUAUAGCAUAAGAAGAGAGUAACUUUGCAUUAAGCUUUCAUAAUCUAAUUAGUAUUUGGCUGGAUCUAAUCAUUUGGGUUGAGCAUCUAGGCCAACUAGAUGUUGUUUUCACAGUUGUAGUCAGUGACAAACUUAUCACAUGAAAGUCCCGAUCAAUUCAAAGUUUAGUGGCCUGCUUCUUCAUUAGGGAUGAGCUGCAUGUAGGUUCGAUUAGCAUUAUACCGGCUCUCAGCCUUUAACAAUACGUUUGUUUACUAUUUGGGCAGAUAACUUUUGAUACUCUCUUGCAAUUGGUUUACAUAUUCCAUCUGGUUGUUCGAUCAUGAAUACAACUUUAUACUUCCCUUCUCCCUUUUAAACAUGGGAACAUCUCAAAUAACGUUGGGGUAUCGCAGCUGUCUUAAGAAGGGAAGUUUUUGAACAGUCACCAAAGGAUAUGGAAACUUGCAAGCCGCUCAAAUCUGAUAAUAAUAGAUUAAAGCACCGCCCUUUGACUCCUAUUCGGGUUAUAAGGGGUCUUCUAUGUCUAGUGGUGUUUCUUUCCACCGCCUUCAUGUUUUUGGUGUAUUUUGCUCCUGUGAGUGCUGUCAUGUUACGGCUUUUCAGCCUGCACUACAGUAGGAAAGCAUCAUCCUUCCUCUUUGGCCUGUGGCUGGCUCUGUGGCCUUUUCUGUUUGAAAAAAUAAACGGGACCAAAGUGGUUUUUUCUGGAGAUAUGGUUCCAGAAGGGGAGCGUGUUUUGCUUAUUGCCAAUCACAGAACUGAGGUUGACUGGAUGUACUUGUGGGAUCUUGCAUUGAGGAAAGGGUGUCUGGGCCACAUGAAAUAUAUUCUUAAAAGCAGCUUGAUGAAACUGCCUGUCUUAGGUUGGGGAUUUCACAUCUUGGAGUUCAUUGCUGUGGAGAGGAAGUGGGAAAUUGAUGAAUCAGUUUUGUGCAAUAUGCUUUCCACAUUUAAGAAUCCUCAGGAUCCAUUAUGGCUCGUUCUGUUUCCUGAAGGAACUAAUUUGACUGAAGAGAAAUGCAAGAAGAGUCGAAAAUUUGCAGCUGAAGCUAAACUGCCAAUGAUGUUCAAUGUCUUGCUCCCAAAAACAAAGGGCUUCUGCUUUUGCUUGGAAGCACUGCGGGGCUCCUUGAAUGCAGUUUAUGAUGUGAGCAUCGCAUACAAGCACCAAUGCCCUUCCUUUAUGGACAAUGUGUUUGGCGUGGAUCCUUCAGAAGUUCACAUUCAUGUUCUGCGUAUCCCAAUUGAUGAGAUUCCAGCAUCUGAUAAGGGGGCUGCAGCAUGGUUAACGAAUAGGUUCCAGCUCAAGGACCAAUUGCUCUCAUAUUUUAAGGAUCAAGGCCAUUUCCCCAACCAAGGAACAGAAGAAGAACUUUCUACAUUGAAGUGCUCGAUAAAUUUUACAGUAGUGAUUUUUUUUACUAUGAUAUUUGCUUAUCUUACCUUUUCUUCAUCCAUUUGGUUCAAAAUGUACGUAGGUUUUGCGUGUGUAUAUCUUAGUUCUGCUACAUACUUCAACAUUCAACCUUUACCCAUUUUAGGCUUUGUUCAAGCAAUGUUUUAUUGCAAUAAUCACAAGAGUGUAUAGUAUAUUUUUAAAGAUAAAAUUUGUGGUAAUGAAUAACCAUUUCUUUUGUGUUUCUUUUA